AUGAGAUUCACGCCACUGAAGGACCACCAGCUUGACGUUUUUGCGGCGGAAUGGAAAUCGAAAACGCUUUGUCGUCUCUUUUUUAAUGGGGACGUUACUCAUCGCAUGUAUCGACGCGAAUUCAACGGCGAAAACUUUAGAAAUAUUUAUAGAACCAUUUGCGAAAUGGAACGACGCGUCGAUAAUGUGCUUUUCCGAGCCAUGCUGUCGCCAUCUGUCUUUGAGGCUCGAAAAUUGAUUUCGAUCGGUCAAGUCUAUGUAAAUGGUGCGAAAAUCAUUGGCCACCCAUCACUUAAGCUUAAGGAUAUGGACAUGGUGCAGCUUGGGCCAAAGGCUCUAAAGGAAGCUAUUGAGAUCCAUUCGAAAAACCCGUUUAUGCGAUUCUGGGCAUAUCAGCCUCCCUACAUUGAAACAAAUUUGGCAACGGGAACCUUGACUUUCUUGAGGUCUCCAAAAAUCAGCGAAAUUCCCCACCCAUUUACAAGGCAAAUGAUUGAUUACUUUGGCGGUUAUUAUAGGUCACACACAUAG